CAGAGAAAUAUUAGACAUCGUGGAACCAACUUCCUUGUCUCCUGCGAGAGUCCGCCCACUGUCAAAGACAGGACCAGGAUAUGCCCAGAGUGAGAUCAACGCUUCCAGCGGAGCGCAACAGCACAGAGCGCAACAGCACAGUGCGUGUGCUGCGCUCCUCUGGCACCAGGAAACUAGUCCACCGAAACUUUUAAAUCAUCGCAACUAGGACAAAACAAAUAGUCUGAGUUUUUCUUCAGAGAUGGACAGAGAAGGGCGAGGUUUCAUGAGUCCCUUCCACAGACCGCGCUGCCUGGCAGCGGCUGCUCCAGCUGGAAAAGCCAGACUGACGCACCCGGGGAAGGCGAUUCUGGCGGGUGGCAUCGCAGGAGGCAUAGAGAUCUGCAUUACUUUCCCCACAGAGUACGUGAAGACCCAGUUACAGCUGGACGAGAAAGCCAACCCGCCCAAAUACAGGGGCAUAGGUGACUGUGUGAAGCAGACGGUGCAGAGUCACGGCGUAAGAGGGCUGUACCGCGGCCUCAGCUCACUGCUCUACGGAUCAAUACCCAAAUCUGCAGUCAGGUUUGGGGUGUUCGAGUUCCUCAGUAAUCGUGCCAAAGAUGAAAACGGGCGUUUGGACACCACCAAAGGCCUUGUUUGUGGGCUGGGAGCUGGUGUGAUGGAGGCAGUGGUAGUGGUCUGUCCCAUGGAGACUGUCAAGGUAAAAUUCAUCCAUGACCAGACAUCAGCCAACCCCAAAUACAAAGGUUUCUUCCAUGGAGUUAGUCAGAUUGUGAAAGAACAAGGGCUGAGGGGUACAUACCAAGGCCUCACAGCUACUGUCCUCAAACAGGGAUCCAAUCAGGCCAUUCGCUUCUCAGUCAUGACUUCCCUAAAGAACUGGUACAAAGGCGACAACCCAAACAAACCCAUUAACCCUUUAGUGACCGGUACAUUUGGAGCUAUAGCUGGAGCCGCUAGUGUCUUUGGGAACACGCCGCUGGACGUCAUCAAGACAAGGAUGCAGAGUCUGGAGGCACAUAAAUAUAAGAGCACUCUAGAUUGUGCCGUUAAGAUUAUGAAAUAUGAAGGACCACUGGCGUUUUACAAAGGCACAGUUCCACGUUUGGGCCGCGUGUGUUUGGACGUCGCCAUCGUCUUCAUCAUCUACGAGGAGGUGGUGAAGAUUCUCAACACAGUGUGGAAAACGGACUGAGCACAUCUGAGGAAACUUGAAGCAGCUAAACCAUCUUGAGUAUUAACACGAAAGGAAGGUUCCCGCUCCCUUCCACAAACAUACUUGAACACGCCAGUCAUUCCUCUUUAAUUUAUUAAGUGUAAUCUGAGCUGCAGAGAGAAUGUAAUCCAACCGGUGCAGUUAUUAUUAUUCAAAGGUAAUUUAUAGUUGUCAAAAUUACAGCCAGGAGAAAAUCAUGCAGUUAUGUGCGAGAUUAUAGAAGGAUUAAAUAAACCAUUAUCGUUUGACAGAAGCCCUUACUGCAGAAAUAGCAGAAUACUUAAAUUGAAAAGGUGUAGCUCACAGUUCACCCGCUAUACAGAAGCAAACUGCAGCACCUUCCACAUUAAAGCAUUUAUUUAGAUGAUUUAUUUUUAUAGAUUACUGCUGUUUUCCAGCAGCAGCAGUAAUGAUUUACAAAAACACUAAGUAUUUUUUGUGCAAAACGCCACGCCUGCCAUGAUAUAGUACUUAAAGAGUUUUAGCUAUACAGAAAUAUAUUAUAUUUUAUCAGGUCGUGUGUUUAUUGUUGAAUGUGAGUAAGAGAAAUGAUUUUAUAUACAACACUGUGAUUAUAAAACUAGUUCCAGUUGUAGCCCAAUGUUUAACAACCUGAAAAAAAGACAUGGGAUUAAUGGUGAAAUAAGAUGUCGCUGCCUUUAAAUGACAUACAUUUUCACAGUAAAUAGAUCCAUCAUCUCUUAAGGACGUAUAGCAUGCCUGUUAUGUACAAUAAUUUGCUGUUUUAGUAUAAUUGUCUUUGGAUUAUAGUGUAUAUAUGUGAUCAGGGUUAUAACAGUUUAUCGAUAAUGUGCCUUUUUCAUUUGUUUUUUCUGUUUUAUUGACUCAGCGCUGUAUGAAUGUGUGUUGUAACGCUGUUUGUCAUAUCUUAAUUGUUGCAAUAAACUUGACGGUCCUUUCACGGGCUUGUAACUGUGAUGAAUAUUACACUAAAGGCGAACGUUUAGCUGAAUAUCUGGGUAUAAAGUGAUGCUUUUCUCGGUGUCAUCCAGUUUAAUUUUUGUAUGUGUUUACAUUUUAUCAUGAUUGUGCAAUGAACACUGCCAUGUGCUGUGGUUUAUUAAAGGUAAAAUGGUGGUUUGGAGGAAUUUCA